AUGCCAAUGGUACCUUACAUCCGCAACCCUCGAUGCACGUACUUGCAGCAAGGGUGGGGAUUAUACAAAUACAGUAGAGAAUCCUGCAAAGAUCUUGCGUUCCUUGUGCCGUUGGGACUCAAAGAAUCCGACCCUGUCAUGCCAGUGCCAUUCUUUGUUUACUGCAAUUCUCGAAAUGAUGCAGAAUGGAGUGCCACUUACCUCCGGUCUCGAGUGGAUGGGUCACUAAAGAAGAGGAUAAUUUGGGUCCACUCAGGGAUGUCGGAUAAACACAAACAGCAAGCAAAUCCUUGGGGUUGUAAAACAAAGGGUUUUGACUUACCAAAUAUCGCAAGACUCGUCCAAUUUGGCCCACCUGACAACUUGAGUACGCUUGCACAGCGCUUUGGUCGUGCAGCAAGGGACCCGGACAUGAGUGGUAUUGUCAUCCUUCUUGCACCACAAGAUUAUUUCGAAGAAACCUGCCGUGAGCGAGAAGGGAGGGCAAAGAAGAUGGCCAAACGGAAAAAACGUAAAGCCACUAUGCAGAAAAUCACAAGCACAGAUGACCAGCCAAGGAAGCGAACAAGGCAACUGCUUACCAUGGUUAAUCAUGUGGAUGCCCACGAAGUUGCCGCAUCUAACAAUGAAUUUGAUGAAUAUCUGCUUGAUCUUCAUCAACCAGAUCCGACGCUGCCAUUGCGAGAGGAUGUUUGGCCGUCAAGCGACAAUGAUCACCCUGAUGAGAGGCAUUGUGAUUUGGAAGCAUCCAGUGUAUUGGAGGAUGAAAUGUGGGAUGAGUUUCUGGAUAUCGAUUUUGAUGUGGUGUGUAAGGCAAUGGAGGGUGGGAAUAGCGCCACCAAUGGGAUAGAAUGCAUGGAUGCCAUUGAGCCAUCUGUGGAGCGUGUUGAAGACAGUGGUGUUCAUGUGUCAACACAGAAUAAACCAAGAAUGGUGAAGGUGAAGAGGGGGCCAGCAGACCGCAAGAAUAUUGACCCAGGUCUUGAUGCAUUUAUCAAUGCUGACCUGCUGCCAGAUGGUGAUCCUAGGAGGGGUUGCUGUAGUAAGUGGAACCCACAGCACGUCGAACCCAAGUCCAAAUAUGAGAAGAAUGAUGCCUGGUCGACUGCUCUUGACAAGGCACUUUAUGAGUGGAGAAAGGAGGAAUUUGCCCACACUCACCCUGACCGCCAUGAUGAUAUGUGGGUGGGAGACUGGCUCAUUCUCCCAGAUGAUGUAAUCGAUGACAUCAUCUAUCUCGCACAUCUGAACAAGCUAACAUGUUGCGAGAAGUUCAUUCAACUUGUUGAUUGGGUAUAUCAUGAACACUAUGCUUUGGAAUUACUCAACAUUGUGCACAAGAUAUUUGCACUCCCCCCUGAAUCACCCACUGUCGCUCAAAAUGCGUCCUGA